GAGGCCGCGCCUGUAUGCGCGGCGCAGCCCCGGCGUAGCCCGGGGCUGCCGGUGCCGACCGCGCCAUUGUUGGGGGAGGGGGUAGCUGCUGAGCGCGGCGGAGUCAGGGGCGAGCGAAGGCGGCGAGGAGUGGAGGCGCCCCAUGGGGAACACGUUGACCUGUUGCGUGUCCCCCAAUGCCAGCCCCAAGCUGGGCCGGCGCACGGGGCCGGCGGAGCCCGACUACGAGUCUGAGAUCUACGAGGCGGCGGCCGGGGACGCGGUGGCAGUAGCGCCGGCGCCUGCUGCCGUGGAGCCCGCCGAGUUGGAUUUCGGAGCGGGCGAGGGCCACCACCUGCAGCACAUCAGCGACCGGGAGAUGCCUGAAGAGUUAGCUUUGGAAUCAAACCCUUCUGACCAUCCAAGGGCAAGCACAAUUUUCCUGAGCAAAUCUCAAACGGAUGUGCGAGAAAAGAGGAAGAGCAACCAUUUAAACCAUGUAUCUCCAGGGCAGCUUACUAAAAAGUAUAGCUCAUGCUCAACAAUAUUUCUAGAUGACAGCACAGUCAGCCAACCUAAUCUUAGAACCACAAUAAAAUGUGUGACCUUAGCAAUAUAUUACCACAUAAAGAACAGAGAUGCAAAUAGAUCCUUGGAUAUUUUUGAUGAGAGAUCACAUCCACUCACACGAGAAAAGGUUCCAGAGGAAUACUUUAAGCAUGAUCCUGAACAUAAAUUUAUUUACAGAUUUGUUCGUACUCUUUUCAGUGCUGCACAGCUAACAGCUGAAUGUGCAAUAGUAACUUUGGUUUACUUAGAAAGGCUUUUAACUUACGCUGAGAUCGACAUUUGUCCCACUAACUGGAAAAGAAUUGUUUUGGGAGCCAUUCUUCUUGCCUCCAAGGUUUGGGACGAUCAGGCUGUAUGGAAUGUGGACUACUGCCAGAUCCUCAAGGACAUUACAGUUGAGGACAUGAAUGAGAUGGAAAGGCAUUUUUUGGAGCUACUUCAGUUUAAUAUUAAUGUUCCCGCCAGUGUUUAUGCCAAAUACUACUUUGACCUUCGCUCCUUAGCAGAUGACAACAACUUGAAUUUUCUAUUUGCUCCUCUUAGCAAAGAAAGAGCACAAAACCUAGAGGCCAUUUCCAGAUUGUGUGAAGACAAGUACAAAGACUUGUGUAGAGCUGCUAUGAGAAGGUCUUUCAGCGCUGAUAACUUCAUUGGUAUUCAGCGCUCUAAUGCCAUCCUCUCUUAAGGGAGAAGGGAGGGGUUGUAACCCCUCAAUCUACAAGGACUGGAGAAAUACCACCUCUCCUGCUCAAAAACCAGCAAAGUUAGUAUUUUCAUCUAAAAGAAAGACUUCGAAUUCAAGAAACUCGUGGAUCCACCGCAAGGAUGAUGCUCAUAGGAAAGAAUGGGACCUUGUCAAUGCAACACACUCUUUUGUCCUUUUUAAUGUAAACAGAGUUACAAAAACCACUCCAAAGCAAAAGCUCCAACCUACACACAGAUAUCUGCUUACUAUGUAGGCUGAUAGCUGUGAACUAAGUGAGGGUUUUUUUUUAAUAGUUUAAAUUUUUAGACUUUAAAGACACUAACUAUAUAACUUUUAUGUUUUUCCUAUUUUUCUUGCCCCCCUCCCCCCAUAUUGCUGCAUAGUUCUUUAGAAUCAAUGCAGUAUUACCGUGAAAACAUGGGACUCCUAACAACUCAUAAAGCCACUUAGGAACAGACUGUAGCAUUGUUAGGUAUUGAAGGGUUCUUCCUUCCUACUUUAUCAUUGAAGCUGCUAGUCCUUAUUGGCAAUCAGUUUAAACCAAAAAGCUGCUGAAUAACACUUGUCAUUCAAAUUCUUUGCAAGCACUACUUAUUAGCAUAUUAGUAUGUUUAGGAUCAUAAACAGAGAAAGUAUGUUAUCAAUGAUUAUCUACUUCUAUUGGGUCCAUGCUGCAUUUCUUGUGAACUAUAAUGGUGCUUCUCAUUUUCUGAUGAUUUUCCUCUUUAUUAAAUACAUGUAUUAAAGGAUGUUUUCAUAAUUCCAACCAACAUGGUGGUCCAGUGGUAACAAGCAGGUAGUGAAAAGAAGGUGUCCUGAAAAAUCUUAGUGCAACUUUAAGCUUUAAUCUAGCGUGCAUGGGCCCUCUGGGGCACUGCUGAAGGAUAAAUGCUUCAAACUUAGAAAACAUCAUUUGAAAGUUUAAUUA